GAAGACGUUUGCUUACGGAGCAAAACCCUGUGAGAUAAGCCAAACGUCCACAAUGCUGGUUUGACUGGGAGGCAUCAGUGACAUAACAAUGCAAGUGCCUGGCUGCACCUUGACUUCCACAGACCUAAGAUCCUGAGCAACUCUGGAACUUCACUCCAGCUUUGUUCACUCUACUCAUCUCUCUGGUUAAUCCUCUUCCUAAACGUAGCUUUUUUUUAAGGAACCACUGCCAAGCUCAAGGAGAGCAUCUUCCUUAUCACCAUCAUCAUGAAGCACAGGACAGUGAUGAUGUACAUGGAGAUAGGCUGCUUUGUGUCGUGUCUGGCUGGCUGGAUUCUGGUGAGCUCCACCCUGGCUAUAGAGUACUGGACCUGGUCUGAAGUGGGCAGCGUGGUGCUCACCACCGGCAACUACUUCUCUAACCUCUGGAAGGACUGUGUCUCAGACUCAACGGGGGUGUCCGACUGCAAAGAGUACCCCUCCAUGCUGGGACUACCAGUGUUCCUCCACUCAGUAAGGGCUCUGUCCAUCUGUUCUGUGAUCCUUGGGUUCUUCGCUGGAGUCCUCACACUGAUAGGGAUGAAGUGCACCAAGAUUGGAGGGUCAGAGCUCGCCAACGCACGGGUCACCUUCGCCGGGGGAAUCACCUAUCUGGCGUCUGGAUUUGCUGGCCUGAUCGUGUACUCCUGGUGGGGUAACAAAGUAAGAUCAGAGUUUGUGGAUCCCAAUUUCAAGGCACAGAAAUUUGAAAUCGGAGCAGCGGUUUUUAUUGGCUGGGGAGGCUCGAUCUUGCUCAUCACCGGAGGUUUCGUACUCAGUUUCUUCUCUGGAAAGGAGGGUCUACGCUCAACAUCAAAGAAAAGGCCCCGCAGACCUAACUCCUAUGCCACAGCUCGGACCAGACGCACAUACAUGAUGCCAAACUCUUCCAGACUGACUCCAAUGCCACAAUUGGUCCAAGGGAGCAGAGGUGGCAGAAAGAUCAGGACAACAAGGACCACUGGGACGUAUAGCAGGGACGAUUUUGUUUGAGCUGCAGUAGCUCCUGUACCGCAGGAAAUACACUGCUUCAUAUCAUUGGUCGUUAGUUACCAUGAAAACAUUGUGAGAACUGAAUCAAUUUGAUUUGGUAACGGUCUCGCCACCUACACUCUAUGUAUGACUGUUUUACUAACAUAUAACUGUGUUCCUUUUGUGGACUGAAUUGACAUCAAGGAAAGGGAUGAAUGAUUCCAUUUGAUA